AUGGAACAGGCACGUUUUAAAAAUGGUCCCCAGGCGGGUCCCCGAAAGGGGGAAUCCCGCCCAUCCGCUUCGGCGGAUGGCAGCCCCUCGUACUCUGGGGGGGGCAAAAACUGCCUCGUGGGUCGGCCGGAAGUCGACCCUCGUGAACACGACAAACGCACACCAAUAACGGACAACGAUUUUGCACACGACACGGUAAAUACGGACGAUGGCACGAGUGCCUCCAAUGUGGUGGUGAGCAUUCUCUCCGACAAUGAGUCGGAGGGUGAGACGAUGCUCUCGGCCCUUUCGGACGGAGAGGCCACCCUCUCUGAGGGGAACUCACGCGUGGUUUCGCGCUCCAGGUCAGCCGGAGAGAAGGGAUCCUCAAGGGCUCCCAAGCGCGCCGCCCCCCCGUCGAACGAAUCUAUGGAGCCCGAAAGGGCUCCAAAGAUUAGCACGGCCCGUAGGGGCAGACCUAGAGGCCCCGGGAAGUCCUUCCCCGGUGCGGCAACGGCAGGGAGGGGGCGCUCUAGCUCGUCAGAGUGGAACGCCCUCCAGAAGGAUGCGGACGCGGCCUUCUUCAAGGAGGCCCUGGGCCGGGGUCAGGCCGGAGAGGCUGAACCCGAUGGCAUGGCGGGCCUCAUGCGAGAGACCCUGGCCCAGGAGGCACGAGACGGCCUCGCAGCAAUAUUGGCGGAGACCGCCAAGUCCUCUAACCUCAAGGGGACGGUGGUCAAAGCCAUAAAAGAGGCCGUCAGGAAGGUGGAAGGAGCCGUCAAUUUCCUUCACCGUGGAGAGACGGCGACAGAGGCGGCGCGGCGGAUGUCGGAAGACAACCGCCGGAUGAGGGGGCAGCUCGCUGCUCUGGAAACGGAGAUGAAGGCCCUGAGGGGGGCCUACUCCGCUGCUAUGGCCAAGGCCAAGGCACAGGUGGCCGCACCGCCGUGCAGCUCCGCGGAGAUGCACGCGGGAGUGAGGGAGGCCAUCGACGAUCUCAGGCGGGAUAUCUUCUCCUCGAUGAGGAAUAUGAUCGACGCCCGCCUGGGGGACAUCGAAAGACGCCUCCCUGCGGAGUACCUACGCCCCCCCCCUGGGCGGCAGAACAGGGGCACCCGCCCCCGAGGCGACGCCUGCCGUCACCGCAGUCACCCCGAGGUUGCUCCCCUCCGCCGCGGCCCCCGAGUCGACACCGGGCCCCUCACUGGCUCGAAACGCGCCUGCCGGCCAGCGGCCCAGCAAGAAGGCCAAGAGGAAGGCUCCCCCGCGGAAGAAAGGCCAAAACGGCAGCUGCCGCCCCCCCAAGCGGCACGGGCCCCCGCCAAGGCGGCCCCUAAGACGGCUCCCAGACCCAGGGCUCUCGCCACCCCAAGAUCAUCGGCGGUGGUGAUCACGCUGAGGCCCGAAGCGGUGGCGGAAAAGGGGGCCACUUACAAGGUGGUCCUUGAGGCGGCGACCGCUGCGGUCGAUUUGGGCAGCCUCGGCAUCCCACACGUGCGGGUGCGGAAUACCCAGACGGGUGCCCGCAUAGUCGAGGUGCCCGGGGCGACCAGCGCCGAGAAGGCCGACACCCUGGCGGCCAAGCUGGAGGAGGCGAUCGGGGGGCUGGCGACAGUAACGCGGCCUACCAAAACCGCCGAUCUAAGGGUCACCGGUUUUGACGAGUCAGUGACCCCGGAGAAGAUCCGGGUGGUGGUGGCCGCGAAGGGCCAAUGCCCCCAGUCCGCCGUGAGCGUGGGAGCCGUCAGACUGGCCCCCAACGGGAGGGGGUCAGCCCUCGUCCGCUGCCCGGUGACGGCAGCCCAACGGGUGGCGGCUGCCGGCCGCAUAUUGGUGGGGUGGUCCUCCGCCGGGGUCCAUGUGAUGGAGCCCCUCCCCAUGCGCUGUUUCAGGUGCAUGGGGAUUGGUCACACCAGAGCCCUCUGCCCGUCCAGUGUAGACAGGAGCGCGCUCUGCUUCAGGUGUGGCCAGGUGGGACACUCGGCCUCCGGGUGCACGGCGACCCCGCGGUGCUCGGUCUGCACCGCGGCUCGCCGUCCAGCGGACCACGUGAUGGGGGGGCGAUCUUGCGCUCCCUCCCCCACCAAGGGCAAGUCGGCGGGGACCCCAGGCCCCCCCCCUAUUGAGGGACAAAGGCAACCUCAACCACUGCGCCAGGGCACAGGACCUAUUGGUCCAAGCCAUAGCGGAGUGGGGGGUUGCGGUGGCUGCUGUGGCGGAGCCAUACUUUGUCCCCCCGCGGGGGAAUUGGGCGGGGGAUCGGGAGGAGACGGUGGCCAUAGUGGCGUCGACUGCCGGACACUCCCCCCUCUAGUGGUGAAGGAACGCGGGUCAGGAUUCGUGGCGGCGAGGUGGGGAGAAGUCAUCCUAAUUGGGGUGUACUUCUCUCCAAACCGCACCCUAGCCCAAUUCCAGGCGUUCCUGGAGACCCUAAAGAGGGCGGUGAGGAGGGCAGCUCCGACGCCGGUGUUGGUGCUGGGGGACUUCAACGCCAAGAGCGCGGCGUGGGGUUCUCCGGUCACCAAUACCAGGGGGCCAGAGUUGGAAAAUUGGGCGGCAGUCCUAGGGCUAGCCAUCCUCAACCGGGGCCAUGCCAACACGUGCGUUCGGCGAAAUGGGGGGUCAAUCGUGGACGUCACGUUUGCGACCCCCUCAUUAGCCGCGCGAGUAUCAGGCUGGAAGGUCCUGGAGGACGAGGAGACCCUCUCCGAUCAUAAAUAUAUACGGAUGAGGGUCUCCCAUACGCCGCCCACGACGGCCUCCAACACGGCCCCCGGGGGGGGCUUUCCCAAAUGGGCACUCACCCGCCUGGACCUUGAGCUCGCAGAGGAAGCAGCCAUGGUCCAGGCGGGGUGCCCCCCCCCCACCGGCCACCGUCGACGUGGAGCAGAGGGCGGUCAAGUUCAGGGAAGACUUGACCGCCGUCUGCGAGCGGGCCAUGCCCAGGGUCAGAGGGACCCCGGGCAAAAAGAGUGUGUACUGGUGGACCGCGGAGAUUGGGGACCUCCGCACCGCCAGUACCACGGCCCGGCGGGCCUACGACCGAUGCCGCCGCAGGCGCCACACCCAAAGUGA